CGCCUGUGGAUGACGUGUUUUGAUCUGCGCGGUAAAAUAAACGCUGGAUGGUGGCCGCAUUGUAGCAGUACAGGAUUUUAGUAGGAUUUACCGGGUUUCUGGAGGUUUCUGAAGGUGUUUAAAAGUGUCUGAAGGUGCUGGAGAAGAUGUUCAGCACCCCCAGAGGGACCCCCGGCUCCGGCCGCCGGCAGGUGUCGAGAACCGGCGGGAGGAAGAGUGUCGGCGGGGCCGGUCUGCUGUUCUCCCCCCGGAGGACUCCACUCUCAGCCGGGAGGGGGACUCCAACUCGGGUUCAGAACUACGCCACAGUGGACUCGGUUCAUUUCGAUGUUCAGACGUUUGGAUCUUCUCUGCCGGUUAAAGUGAUGGAGGCCCUGACGACGGCAGAAGCGGAUGAUCAGAUCUCGGUAAAGGUGGACGAAUCAGGCUGGGCCUGGAUGGUGUGUGGAGAGAGACUCAUCAUAUGGAAGAUCUGCCAGACUCCAGUAGCCAAGCUGUCUGUGUGUAAAGACCUCCAGCUGGCCCCCAGUGAGUACACAUACAGCGCUGACCUCAUCUCCAUCAGCUCCUCCAGUCCUCUAGAGUCCGCCACUGUACAGUCGGUGUACGUGUUAGCCGUGUCUCCGGAGGGUUUUGCGCGGUUCUGGCCGAGCCUGGCUCACGAGGGGACGUACACUGAAACCCACACUGACCUGGGAGGACACCUGUGUAACUACGUCACUGCUGUCAGGGGUGGGAGCUUCAUCGUGUCCUCGUUCCGGGGUCAGCUGCUUCGUGUGAGUGCAGAUGGUUCUGGAAAGCUCCUGCAGAGGGCGCUGCAGCAGGGGCAGGGAAUGCUGUCGGGAAUCGGCCGCCGCGUCUCCAGCCUGUUCGGCAUCCGUGGACCUCCAGCCGACACUUCUGUGCACAGUGUGCUGUGGGUGGGGGGUACAGGUUAUCUCUACACUCUCAGUACUUGUGGGCUGAAUAAGUGGGAGGUCACAGACAAUAUGGAGGUUCAGGUCCUGAGCUGGAACGCCUGCCCGAGUAUCACAGACAGCAUCGCCGACGCCAUCUGGGGAUCAGAGAGUAACUACGCUGAAAUGAAGGAGGGGGUGAACGUGGCGUAUCUGGACAUGCAGCUCAGCCACGCUGGAUUGGUGGUCUUGGCUGCAGCGUGGCAUCCUGCUGAUACUCCAUGUCUGGCCUAUUUCUGCCUGGUUACACUUCCAGACACGGCUGGUCCUGCUUCAGACGAGCUCUCUGUAGAGGUCACCAAGUACAACCCACCUUUUCAGAGUGAAGACGAGCUUCAUAAGACCCGGUUGGUGUUGCCGCGGGCGACCAGUCCUGCAGCGUACCUCUAUAAUGAAGAGCUGGUGUUUGCGUGUAACACUGGAACCGGCCGCAGUGGACUUCCUGAAGAAAAGCUCUCCUUCAGCUCACCCGGAGAUCGUAUCCGUGGCAGUGGGGUGUGCGCCAACCUGCCGGUGUUCUUCUCCCAGAAUAACGGGCUGGUUGCAGUCGUGGCCCGAGAGAGCGCCUCCAUUCUGCCAGAGAACAUGGAGGAGUCCCUCUGCACCUCUGUGGCUGGACCUGGACCUGAGGGGACUCCACUGGAGACGCCACCUAAAGCGGAUACAGUAGCACAAGAGGACAAAACCAAACUGCUGAAACAAGCCUUCCUUCAGUUCUGCAGGCAUGAUCUGAUUGGUGCUCAGAACCUGACGGAUGAGCUGUUCCCCGCUGAGGGAGAGGCUGGGGCCGGAGAGCUGGAUGCUGUGGUGACUCAGAUCGACCUGGACCUGGUGGACGAUUAUCCAGCUUCUGACCCUCGCUGGGCGGAGUCUGUACCUGAUGAAAGCGCAGGAUUCACUCUGACCUCCCUGAUCCUGCUGCACCAACUGGAGGACAAAAUGAAAGCCCACCACUGCUUCAUGGACUUCCUCCUGCAGACUGGGCUUCUGGACCGCCUGUCCUCAGUCUCCGUGCGCUCGUCUCCCAUGGCGACGCGGCUGUUGCUAUGUGAACACGCGGAGAAGCUGACGGCGGCCAUAGUUCUGAAGAACCAUCACUCUAAACAGCCCGAGCUGGUGAACUCCGCCAUCCUCACAGCGCUGAAGAAGAGCGGCACCGACGUUCCGGCCAGCCUCACGCCCGCCGACGUCUUCUUCAGAGAGGUGUCUCAGAUCUCCUCAAUCUUCGAGUGUUUGCUGGAUGAGGAGGAGAAGUGUUUAAAGAGUAAUCCGGUGGGCUCAGUAAAGUGGGCCGAGGUCGUGCUGAACGUUAACAUCAUCAUAAAGGACAUGCUGCAAGCAGCUGCACAAUACAGAGAGACCAAAGCCUCCCUCUACAGAGCAGCAGAGAACACCGCACCAGAACCUGAAUACAUUCCAUGGACAGCCUCAGGAGGAGUUGGUGGAGUGCGCACGGUGAUCGUGAGGCAGCACGAGGUCAUUCUGCGGCUGGUCUACCCUCACGCGGACUCCAGCCUCCGCAGUACCCUCAACGAGCAGCUGGUGGCGCUGUUGGACUCGUUGCUGGGCGGCUACGUGGCCCAGCUCACCUCUCUGCGUCGCCCGGGGCAACAGGAGCGCUACAACGCGCUGGAGAUGGAGUACACACAGCGCCGCUCCGAGCUGCUCACGCCACUGCUGGAGCUGGGUCAGUAUCAGUGGGUGGCGGCUUUAGCUGAGAAGUUCUGUGAUUUUGAUAUCCUGGUGCAGAUGUGUGAGCAGACAGACAACCAGAACCGCCUGCAGCACUACAUGGCCAAAUUCGCUGAACAGGACUUUGCAGACUUCCUGUUCCGCUGGUACAUGGAGAAAGGGAAGCGGGGGAAGCUGCUCUCUCAGCCAAUCGCACAGCACCAGCAGCUCUCCAGCUUUCUACAGGCCCACCAGCACCUCAGCUGGCUCCAUCACAUCCACACACAGGACUUCCAGAACGCCCACCACACACUGAACAGCCAGGCCAACACAGAGACCCGAUACUUCAGUAAGAAGAAGACCCUGCUGGCCCUUAGCAAGCUCACGGCUCUGGCCUCAGACAUGCCGGAAGCCCUGCAGCACAAGCAGGUCGACGAUAUUGUGGAGCAGGAGAGGUUUCUGCUCCAUCAGGAAACUCUACCCAAACAGCUGCUGGAGGAAAAACAACAGAACCCCGACACCAUGCCCUUACUGAGCGCUCACAACCUGAUUAAUUUGUAUAUUUGUGAUGAUAACCGUGGGGCGAACGAGUACGACUUUAAGAAAGCUCUGGAUCUGCUGGAGUACAUUGAUGAGGAAGAUGCAGUGGAUAUUGAGGCUCUGAAGCGUGAGAUCUUCAGUAAAGCACUGAAAAAAGACUGGAAAGAAAACUGGUCUGCAUCAGACAGUACAGAUGACCCUCUGGAAGCGGCCAAGGAAAGCAUAUUCGUUAAAAUCCUCCAGAAACUCAUCCAAGAAGGUGUUCCUCUGCAGUCGUAUCUGCCGGAUGUGAAGGAUCUGCUGCAGGUGGAGGAGCUGGACAGCCUCAAGUCCAGACCUUUCUUUGAGUUCCUGCUGAGAGCAAACUACGAGCACUACCUCCAGUCUCAGAUCUGACCCCCAGCCCCCCGUUCACACAUCCCACCUGUCUGUAUAUCAUCAUACUCCUGUUUUUCUACUGCUUUUUUGAGGGGAGGCGUGAAAAACAUGACCUUCCUGUGAAUUCCUUCAAUAAAUACUUUAUUUCUGUA